GUUGGCUGAUUUCAGGUAGAUAUUGCUCAUCACCCACUAUCAUCUCCCUCAUAGAAAGCUACUAGCAUUGCCUUUCGCCUUUUUUCUCGCACGUUGCACCAUUGGAGGUUCUGGUUUGCCUCACCUCGAUAGAUCCAGAUUUCGACAAUCCACAGAGAGAGAGAGAGAUAUGGAAGUAGAGAGGAGAGUUGGUGUGGCCGUUGAUUUCUCAGUAUGCAGCAAGAAGGCGCUUAAAUGGGCCGUGGAUAACGUUGCCCGGAAAGGGGAUCACCUUAUCCUGGUUGCCAUACUCCCCGAAGGCAAUUAUGAGGAGGGAGAGAUGCAGCUCUGGGGGGCCGCCGGUUCUCCUUUAAUCCCUUUAAUUGAGUUCUCUGAUCCCCACGUCAUGAAGAAAUAUGGGGUGAAACCUGACCCCGAAACAUUGGACAUUGUCACUAUAGCAUCUCAGCAGAAAGAGAUUGAGGUGCUGUUGAAAAUAUACUGGGGUGAUGCUCGGGAGAAGAUAUGUGAAGCGGUUGAUAAGACUCCCCUUGACUGCAUUAUUAUAGGGAACAGAGGGCUUGGCAAGAUCAAGAGGGCUAUCUUGGGCAGUGUUAGCAACUAUGUGGUGAAUAAUGCUUCUUGUCCUGUUACUGUGGUGAAGCAUGUGGAUCAUGAAUAGUAAUUCGCCCAAUAUAUGUCGCAACUCAACUCCCCUCGUUGUAUAAAAACCUCUUAUCUUAUGGGCUUUAGAGUGUGUAUGAAUUAAAUAAUCCAGCUAUUUGUUGCUUAGUGAUGAAUCUUGAUUGAUGUUUGUGUGUAUAUUGGUGGAAGUUUUUACUGGUGUAUGUUGUUGUGUAUGCUAAACUCACUACCCAUGGUGGUUAUUUGUUCCUGUAUCCCUGGACUGAUGAGGGAAUAAAAUUUUGUAGACUACCUCAAAUUCGAAGCAACUCUAAAGCAUAUUGGUUGAUGUUGGGCUUUGGAAUUAGUAAAAUGUUAUGUUGAUUCUG